CGACGAAUGGAGAGAACGCCAUCUAUCGUCGUACUUUGAAAAGAAGCUUGGAAAGUUGUGGAUAACACGAGGUGAGGUAAUUUAUUUUGUAAAGUGUAGUCUUCGUGAAGAACAUGUCAUCAGAGAGUUGCGAAGCUUUUGUUAAAGAAUAUAUAACGAACAAUCAAAUGUUUCGAAAAAUAAAGAAUGCAAAAGCAUUAAUAGAUAAAAAUUACUAUACUGCCAAGCACACAAUAGAGAAAACUGUAGAUGAGGUUGAGUCAGUUAUAUUACAUAAUUUAGAAGUAAUUUUUAAAAGUAAACUAGAAUUUUUAAAAAACUUGGAAAAGAAAUUCGAAAAUUUUUCAAGUCCGGAAGAUGCUGCUAAAACGUCUGAAUACGAAGAUAUUUCUGAAAUAUCUGAUUUCGAUAGUGACAUUGAAUGUUGUGCUGAAUUAGAGUUCAAAUCAGAAAACCCAUCGGACGCUAAAUAUUACUUUGGCUAUAUUAAAUGCUUUCCACCUAAACCAGAAGAUUUCACUUUGAUAAUUGUACAAGAAGAAUUCGAUAUUGGAAAAGAAUUUACUGUUUGUGCUAAAAGCGAAAAAGAUUGGUGUCCUUCUCUGAUAUCUUCGCUUUUCGGAUUUAUGAAAGAUGAAAGUGGAAGAGAAAAGGUGGCUGAAAUUGUUGAUAAACAAGAUGGUUCCUAUAUUUUCUCCUUCCGCUUGGAUAAAUAUUCCAAAUACUUCAUAGAAAUAAUGCUCUAUGGUCGUCCUAUCAAAAAUAGCCCUGUUGCUAUAGAUAUAAAAGCAAACGAAAACAAGUUAAGAAAUAAAAACUUGACAAAUAUAGAAGACAAGAAUUCUAUAAAAUCCUCUCUAUCUUGUUUGGGUGAUGUAAAUAAACGUGAUAGAAAUCUAAAUGAAGAUGAAUCGUUGAAAAGUUUUAUUGAGCAGAAAAGUCAAUGCUCUCCACUUGAAGGAGAAAAACCGGCUUCUGCCAGUACGCUUUAUAGUGAUAAAAUAGAAAAGAAUGAAAAUAAAGAUGCCAAAUACAAUUACGAAGAUUGGUUUGAAGAUUGGUCCGGUACGAAUGAAAAUUAUAAAGCGAAUGAAAUAUUGUUGCAUGACGAAAAACCAGAGAAUGAUAGAAUAAUUCCUUCGGUUAAUGCUCGUUUACUUGCAAUUAUAUCCGAAAGCAGCGGUGUAAAUCUAAACUUUCCUUUUGGAAUCGAAGUGAAUUGCAAUAAUGACAUUAUUAUAUGUGAUACAGGACAUAAUUUAGUAUGGAUCUUGGAUGAAUAUGGAAAACCUAAAACUUCAUUUCAACAAGCAAAAGAAGGAGUCAUGUUUAAAAAACCGUCAUCAGUUGCUGCUACUGUAGAUGGCAAUAUUGUUAUUAGAGACGAUAAUGGUCUUUAUUUGUUCAAUCGUGAUGGAAACUAUAUAAGAAGUUUUGAAGACGAAUUACUUAAAAAACCAUUUGGGCUUGCUGUGACUGAGAGUAAGAAAGUGAUAACAUUGAACGAAACUACAAAUCAGCUGUUAGUUUUUAAUGAAAGCGGUAAAUUGGAAUGUAGUAAUGUUUUUGAACCAUUGAUCGAUAAACCAAGAAAUUCGAAAUGUUGUUAUAUGGUUUCCUAUUCCGACAAAGUUGUCCUAUCCGAUUUUGGUACGAAUCAAAUCUACAAAACUACAUUAGAUGGUAAAUUAAUUAAAAUGUUCGGUAGCUACGGUAGAGCUCCAGGGAAUAUGAUUCGACCGUCUGGUAUUGCUUUAGAUCCAUAUGGUACUAUGCUUAUAGCAGAGACCGGCAAUGACCGCAUUCAGAUUUUUGAUUGGGAAGGAGAUUUCUUAGGCGAAGUCACAUUUUCUCAUCCAAUUCAUAAACCAUUCGACAUAGCAAUAACUAAAUACGGGCGCUUACAUGUUCUCAAUACUUUUGAUCACUGUUUAGCUGUUUAUCAUCUCGAAACAGAUAAAUAAGUUUUAAUUUUAUAAUUUCAGAUAUGCAUCAUUUUACAGUUGAAACUUUUUUGAAAAACAUAUUCUGUUGGUUAAAAUGUUUGAAUGAAUAAUUAUACAAUUUUUUUAUGUAUUCCUUAUUGUUUACUUAAUCUUUGUAUAAAUUAUUAAUAAUAAUGUUUAGUUUAUUAAGUAGCAUAUAGUGAUAUUUCAUGAAAUGUUUAUUAGUAUUUUUUUGUUUUAUUAAUAACAUAUUAUUUAACAAAUGUAUCAUAAAAAGUAUGUAAAACUGUUAAAUCCAUAUAAAUUUUGUACCGUUUUGUCAAUUAAAAGAAAA